CGUGCUCCGCGGCCGUGCACGGUCUCUUUCCGGUCUACUCGCCACCAUGGGUAUCUCCCGUGACCAUUGGCACAAGCGUAGGAAGACUGGCGGUAAGCGCAAGCCUCUUCGUAAGAAGAGGAAGUUCGAGCUUGGUCGGCCCGCGGCAAACACAAAGCUUGGCCCCAAGCGCAUUCACACAGUCCGGACUCGAGGUGGGAACAAGAAAUACCGCGCCCUCCGUCUUGACUGCGGCAACUUCUCCUGGGCCUCCGAGCACUGCACACGCAAGACCCGUAUCAUUGAUGUGGUCUACAAUGCAAGCAACAAUGAGCUGGUUCGGACCAAGACUCUGGUGAAGAAUGCCAUUGUGAUGAUUGACGCCACGCCAUUCCGUCAGUGGUACGAGGCCCACUAUGCACUACCCCUGGGGCGCAAGAAGGGCGCCAAGCUGGCUGACAUAGAAGGUGGCGCCUUGGUGAAGAAGAGGAGCAAAAAGCUUGAGAAGAAGAUCAAGGAGCGCCAGAAGCUGGCCAAAGUUGAUCCCCUGCUCGAAGAGCAGUUCAUGACUGGUCGGGUCAAAGCCUGCAUCUCGUCUCGACCUGGGCAGUGUGGUCGCUGCGACGGUUACAUCUUGGAAGGCAAGGAACUUGAGUUCUACACCAAGAAGAUCAAGUCAAAGAAGGGCAAAUGAAGGGUGGCCCAUGUUAAUAAAAGGCGACGUGACA